GAAAAAUGCUAUUUCAACCCUCUCCCUUCUAUACCAUCCUCCACUGCCAACCGUACCGUACCAUGGGGCGAGCCAACGAUCCAAUUCGCAAACGGAACGACAUGCUGUUCUUCACUAGACGAAAUUCGAGUACAGUUGGACACCAUUGAUGUACAGUUGUUGCAGCUAUUGUCAACAAGAGCUUCGUACGUCAGGGAAGCAACCCGCUUCAAGGCUACAGUUGCAGAUGUCAACGUUCCGUCUCGGAAUCAGCAAGUGAUCCAGGGCGCUAUUGAUGAUGCUCCAUCUGUGCAUUUGCCACAGAUUGUCGCUAAGAUUGUGUACGAGGGCAUCAUAAAUUCCAGUGUCGUCUUCGAGGAAUGCAUAGUG